CGGUGGAGAACAAGCGUGAUGAUCAAGAAAAGCAGUGUCCCUCUGCACUGGCCCAAGGAGGUCUACGACUACGGGCAGAAAACGAUCACGGAUGCAGCGGUGGGUGGCAUCGAUCUCCGGAAAGGCUGCUGGAUUCACUGCAAAUGGUGCAACAUGACGUUGAAGACGCCAGCCUUCUCACUUGUGAUGUGGAAAACUCAUCAGCAGAGGAGGAAGCAUUUGUUGCAUGAGCAAAAGAUCCUGAACGAUAGUUCACAGCCCCCCUUCGUCACUUGUUCGUCUCAGGCGUCUGUCCACAGCUCGACGUCAAGCAUGCCAGGCACACCGACGAGUCUGCUAGGUCUUCAAUCAUCCCAGGAACACGAGUCUCUGAUGCUUGUUCGUCGUGAUCUUCAUUUGAAUAAGCAGCAUCAAGCUCGGUACCAACGGGAUGUGACAAACGUGAUCAACGCGAUGACAAGUCUCGUGUCCGACCAACAGGGCGACUUGGACACAAUGCAACGUCAGGUUAGCGAUAUGACAAACGAAGUUGAGGACCUAAAGAAGCAAGUGGAAAUCCUUCGGCGAAAGGAGCGGCAAAAGCAGGUGCGAGCUCCUCAGUACGAGGUCAUUCGACCGGAUUCACGCACUCCACGACGAAUCCCAGCGAGUCAUGCGCUUAGCGUAAAGACUAACGGUGACUACAGCAAAGAAAGACAGUUAAGGAAUCCCCAAAAGGUAGCUAAAACCAAAAAGCCCAAGAUCAGACACAGCAUGACGGAGAUGGAUUUAUUCGAGAAGCGCUUCCAACUCGCAUAGCGCAAAUAAUCAAUGAAGUCGAGGGAGCAUGCAGAAGCUACAAGGCAACAGGCGGGCUCAAAAGUCAAGAGUAGCAAGACUCUUAGAAGAAAAGAUUACGCGUUUCACUUCCCGUUUGUUCGACAGGGCAGGUGGGGCACUUGAAUCGCCUGUAAAUUCCAGCAUUCACAUCAGUAGUGUCAGAUCUG